UUUCGUGUAUUCGGGGAAUCCACCUUAUACGAACAGCAUAUUAGGCUUGGGGGAAAAUCAUUGUGAAAGCAGCUUGUUACGGUUUAUUUCCAGUCUACGGCUGACGAGACACGAGACGCGUCGUCAUAGUACGGACUACGCGGUAGCAAAGGCGGAAUCAUGAUGGCCGUUGAAUCCGGAUUCAGAUUCUAGUGUGUGGCCUAAUCUGCCAGGCCGCAGCGCAGAAGAAUCAAAUCACAAUGGCCGUGGAAGCGCCGAGCAAUAGUAAGGGUUCCCGCUACAUGCGUCUAGUCCUGGCGACGAUCUUCCUCGCGUUGAUUCUCCCUCUGCUACUCGUGUACUACGGUCUGACCCCCAUCUCGUCUUCUCCAAUGUGGCCGCUGCCUUCCCCAGUUACCACCUCCACCGUUACCACCUCAAUGGUUACCACCUCCACGCCUUCGCCUACACCUGCAGCUUCGCCUGAUGCGGCGUUUCGCGAGUCACUUUCUACCUCGACCGCUAGUGUUACUACGCCUGAUGAAAGGCCAGUGUUACCUGUCACAACCAGCAGCGAAGCACAGACGCCAGACGAUCGAGGCGUUACUCAGUAUCAAGACAUUACUCUUGAACAUUCAGCAUUUUCUCGACAAGAUCCCAACAGAACCGCAUUUCCUGCCGUGCCCGCCUUCCCCUCCUCCCCAUUCAUUCCGGGUUCCCGCAUCACCUCAGCCAAUGAGCUCCUUUCGUUCCAGACUCGCCUCGCAUGCUUAUCAGCAAACGCCACGUGGCAGCUGGACCCCACUCCCCGCACCCUCCCCUGGUCGCAGCCUCACACCCUUUCGGCGGGCUGGGAGUGUGACAAUCGAUGGAUCAGCGCGCCUAAGCAGACAAAUUCCCGUUAUAAGAACGUCGCUUUUAAGCGCGCGGAUGAGAUAGCUUUGGCAGGAGGUUCGGCAGAGGAAUGGAAGGUGAGAAAUGUGGUGAAAUAUAAGUGGCGGCCGGAGAGGUGUGGGGAGUGGGGAGAGGUGGACAGGGCGAAACUUGCGGAAAGGUUGGCAGGGGUGACUGUGCUUAUAGUGGGGGAUUCGACGAAUGCUCAGCUGUUUAAGUCAAUCAGGAAUCAUCUCAGACAAGCGUUGAUGCCACGUGGGGUGCAGCAACAAGAGCAGCAGCAGCAGCAGCAGCAGCCACAGCAACAAGAGCAGCAGCAGCCGCAGCAGCAGGAACAGCAGCAACUGCAGCAGCCACAGCAGCAGCAGCCACAGCAGCAGCACAGGAAGCUUCAGAAUUUAGGACCAGACCUGCACUUUGAGCAGCAACAGCCACUGCCACCUCUGCAGCUGCAGCAACUGGCGCAGAGAGCAAGCAAAACUCCUGCACACAACGAGGCAAUUCAAUCCCAUUCCACUCCUCCUGACCUUUCUGAGUUCACGCCUGCCUUUUGCACGAGCCGAACGAAGCACGGGCAGCCGCAGAAGCGGAAAGACCUGUUACUAUGCCAUGGACUUGCUCUAGGAGGCGGCGCAGGGGACGACCACAGUGGUGGUGCGGGUGGAGUCAAGUUCAUCUACGUGCGGGACGACGUGAUCAGUACUAAUCUAAGUGUGAUUGUUGACAUUCCGAAACGGAUCUCCAUCCCGUGGUUUGAUGUUAUCGUGAAGGGGGAGGCCAGAGAGAGGAGGCGGAGGAGGGAGCUGGAGAAGGGGAGGCGGGUGCAGCAGAGGGCGAUGCAGCAACAGAGGCGGGAGAGGAAGAAGGAACGGCAGGAGAUGCAGAAGAGACAGAAAGGGCAGUACGUGAAGGGGAUUCAGGAGGAGGAGGAGAUGCAGGAGUGGCAUGCAGAGGGAGAGGAGAAAGGGACGGGAGAGCAAAAAAUGGGCCCUGAGCUGAAUCCAAAGAUACGUGGAGAUGAGAAUGGGGGGCAAGAGCAGCAGGAGGAGCAAGAGGAGCAAGGGGAGAAGCAGCAGUCGAAGCAGCGGAGACUGUAUGAGCAGCAUCACCAUGAACCGCAUCACAGUAAGCUGAAGAAUAAAGGGGCGGCAAAGAUGCGCAAAUACGCUAAUCUGCUCCCAAGAAAGCUAGCAGAGUCUGCCAGCAACGAGCCGUUUCCUCCCAUAUCAGUCCUUGUGCUGAACCGAGGAGCCCACUUCACAAACACCUCAGACUUCAUCCCUGAGCUCAACCAUACAUUGACUACAGUGAGAGCAGCUGUACCCAGUCUCCUUAUAAUUCUCAGAAGUACACCCGUGGGGCAUGCGAACUGUAGCAAGAACUCUGUUCCCUUGAAGGAGCCUCCGGAUACAUCAGGGCUGCCGUACAGUUGGGACAAAUUUGCUGAGCAGAAUGAGGCUGCAAGGAAGUUAGUGGAGGGGGUGGGAGGAGUGUUUCUGGAUGUUGCAACCAUGACUGCUUUGAGACCAGAUGGGCAUUUUGACCCCCCUCGUGAUUGCCUGCACUAUUGCUUGCCCGGGCCGCCAGACGAAUGGUUCAGAUUUCUUUACCAUGUAUUAUUGGAUUUGUUAUAGCUCUACCAUUUCGCUAGCAAUCACGGCCAGGGUAUACCUUGUCAGCAGGCCCCCAAAUUGCAGACUUUUUACUCUGAUCCCAAAGACUUUUUUUUCUAUGUU